AUGGAGCUACAUUUAGUGGAUAGGCGAGGACGACAUCAGUACGAUUGGGUCACAUUUCAUGCUCAGUAUAUUUCUCUUUGGGCUACUCGUUCUGAGUGUAUUGCGACAGCACCACUUGCGAUUACUACCAUGUCUUUUUAUGAUCCAUAUAUGCAGUGGUAUCGACGUAUCACGCGACGCCUGAUCGCACCUGUUUUGCAUAGAGAUCAUAUGAGGUUCCAUAGUACAGCUUCUGCCACUGAGUUAUUGAUGGCUAUUUCAAAUGAUUUGGAGGAAACUCACCGAAUUGCUAUUGAUGUUUUACGUGCUAUAGGAGAGGACCAUCGCGUACACUCGACACAUGAGCCAUCCACAUCUUCAGUGUCAUCCAUGAGACCACCAUCAUUGAUUACGCCUGUUAGGGUACCACCCAUUAGAGGUCGGGGGAGAGGUGGUCGUCGAGUUGGUCACCGACAUGUACCUUUGGCAUCUACUUUGGUACAACCCUCACAUCCACCAGUCACAUCUACCUUUCCUUUAUUUCAGCCAUCUGCAUCAUUAGAGUCGCCACUUUCUCCCCCUGAUGUAUCCAUACCAGCCUAUUCACCUCGACCCGAGACUACCAUACCAUCUACCCUUACCCCUGCUCAGCCAUCUAUAUCAUUGGAUGCACCCCCACCUAUUGCAGAGUCUAUUGCACCCACACCUGUUACAGAGUCUAUUGCACCUCCACCUGUUACAGAGUCCAUUGCACCUCUACCUUUUCUUCAAGGGACAGCUCAUGCUGCACGAUUACAUGUACGGGUACCUAGAGGACAUCGAGCUCCACGUGUACGUCGAGGUCUACCUCCAUCAGUUCCAUCUAUCUCGACAGCUCAUGUAGAUGACGUGUCACAGUCUAUAGAGAUGGAGACUUUUCAGAUAGCACAGAUGGAUACAACAAAUAUGGCCACCUACCGUAGGUGUUCACAACGAAAGAGAAAGAUUCCAUCAUGUGGGACACAUUGA